AUGCGCGAGGAGGUGGGCCUGCUGAAGGUGGAGCUUGCACAAAUGACGGCUGCGGCGGAGAGUCCGGCGGCGGAGGUGGCGGACAUGAAAGCGACGGCGGCGCACUCGGAAGCGCGCAUCAGCCACGUCGAGCUGGCGCUCGCCGCCAUCAAGGACGGCCACGCGGAGAAGCGCAAGGAGGGCAUCGUGCGCCUGAAAGAAACCGAAGGGGAUGAGGUGGAAAGGGAGGGCGGCGCGAAGGAGGAGGAGGAGGAGGAGGAGGAGGAGGAGGAGGAGGAGGAGGAGGAGGAGGAGGAGGAGGAGGAGGAGGAGGAGGAGGAGGAUGGCGCGGAGUAUGUUAACCCGGAGGACAAGGUGCGGAAUCUGAGGGUGCAAGAGGAAGCUCUGGAGAAAACGAGCGACAGGGAAGGCCAUGUGUGGGAGGUGAGUGCACACAUGGAAGGCUAA